AAGCAAACAUAACUGGCGCCACGGCGAUUCGUGUUUCCCCCUUCCUCGCCGAGGAUUUUCCCCCAAAUUGAACUCUUCAGACUCGCCCUUUACCCUGACAAUUAUCAAACCCUUCUCCAGAUUCUUUGCAAGCGCGGCACAGGAAAAAUGGGCUACAAGGAAUUAGAAAAUGGUGGAUGGGGGAAGACUCGAGAGAAAUAUGCUACGCGUUCAGCAACUGCAGGUUCCUCCUUCAGCCAAGCUGCCAAUGCCGGGGAGUUUCAGCUUGCUUUAGAGCUAAUUGACUGGAUAGAUCAAAAACUUGAUCGGUUAGAGCAGGGGCUUGAUGCGUUGGUUUCUUGGUUUAUCAAAUCUACUCUAGGAAAACAGGGCUACAAGAAAAAAGAAAAUGGUGGAUGGGGGAUGACUCGAGAGACAUAUGCUACACAUCCAGCAACUUCUGGUUUUUCCUUGAACGAAGCUGCCCCUGCUGGGGAGUUUCAGCUUAUUUUAGAGCGGAUUGAUUCGAUAGGGCUGAAGUUUGAUCGGUUAGAGCAGAAGCUUGAUCAGUUGGUUGCUCUGGUUGACAGAGCUAUUGAAGGAAAAAUGGAUUACAGGGAAUUAGAAAAUGGUGGAUGGGGAAAGACUCGAGUGAAGUAUGCUGCACGUACAGCAACUGCCAGUGCCUUCUUCACUGAAGCUGCCACCACUGGGGAGACUCAGCUGAUUAUGGAGCUGAAUGACUGGAUGGGGCAGAAGCUUGAUCGGUUCCAGGAGAAGUUUAAUCAGUUUGUUGAAAGGAAAGCGCAUCUUGAGCAAGUCAUGGAGCUAAACUGAAGCCCGCGGUUCUUGGCUACUCCUCUCCUAGCCCACCACCCAUCUCAUCCUCCUAGCCUUGAUUCUCUUUUUGUGUAUUUUUCUGCUAGGUCUCUUUUUGUGUUUUUGGUUUUUGUUGUAUUUUGGCUGCAUUUCAAAUAGUUGGAACAUAUCUUUUUGUAAAGCAAGGCUAGAUAAUUAUCUUAAAAGGUUUGAUUGUGAUC